GGGCACAUUAGCACCGUAGUGUAUAAAGUCAUACGCCGACAGGUUUCAUGCUGCCCACAUCGCCAUGAUCGUGGAGACAAAGAAAGCUCCGCUGACCGGAUGAAGGUUGAACCUCUGCUUGAUGGGUGCAGUGACUGCAGGGUGACAGAGGAUGAUAUUCAGGCCAGCCUCAGAAACAUCUUUCAUUACUGCUUCGGUUGGGUCUUGGGUUUUGGGCAACGGCGGUCUUGUGACUCAGACAAACUACUGACUUUAUUUUCAGUGUCGAUUGCAAAGAACGUAAACUCAGCCCUGAGUCGUAUCACAGGGUCCACGUCCUUGCAAUCAGAUAGAUCCACAUCCCCAACAAACUUUGUUGGGAUGGUUCACAGUGUAGCGAACAUUUUAAAGGACUUUACAAAGACCUUAGCUCCCCCUUUUGUAGAUGGUGAGAGUCGCAGCUACAGCAUUGUUGACUCGCCAAACUCUGAGGAAGAUGACGACUUUAAACCAGAGUCUGCAGAGACUUUUAAAAGCACACAGACUCCAGCUUGUGUAGGUGAGGGAGAUGUGGGUAGCGAGGGCAACAGUGAUGCAUUUCAAAUCACUGAUGUCCAAAAUCUUGACCGUGAGAGCUCAGAGAGUGAAGAAAAAUGUAGCGACGCCCCGCAGUGCUCGUCUGGGGCGCUUCCUACGCCCGCAGAGACCGAUACCUUUCUCACUUUGUGUCUUGCAAAUUUAGUCGCUCACGUUUCUGAGAAAACACAAACAACUGCUGUAAAGCUGAAUUUUCAGCAGAUAGUGACUGAUAUAAGAGAGAAGAUUGGGGGAGACUUGACUCCUCUAAAAACUGUAAAAAACUUGUACAUCAUAAUGUACAAAGACCUGUGUCGCAUAUUUGGAUCCAAAUACGUGCUUCAGUUUGUGAUGGAAAAGGGUGACGCGACUUUUGUAGCAGCCGUUGUGGAGCUAUUAAAAGCAGAGCUAAAAGCAUCGAGCGGCUCCGGUCACGCGCUGAGACGUUUAGAAAGUAACAAAAGCGUUUCUCCAGCCAGUGAGAACAAAACGCAACAAUCUGCCAGUGAGGACAACGCACAAAAUGGAUCCUCAGGUUCCCAGAAAGACAGGCUGAGAAACUGUGUCGUUAGGGCCCUCGCUUCUUUUUGUAGCUCUUUGAGGAGGCUGUUCAGAAACAGAGUGACAGAGUGA